AUCGGAUCCAUCUACGGGAUCGAACUGCAAGUGCGGAACCAACCUCCCGCAAGGGCUUAUUACUUACGUGGACUGCGGCGCAGCCCCCAGGUUGGCGAUUAUAGAGCGUAACUUGUAUAGAGAGUAGCGGAAAUAAUUCCACCUUCUCUACGUUUUCCACGUGGGUAAUCAGUAUAGACGGGAGAUCGACGGGAAUCUAUACCUGAGCGCUCGCUAUGUCUUAGCUAAUCGGCGAACGCUACGGCGUUCGGGUUUCUAGCAAGAGGAUAGGUCAAGUAGGGCUGCUGCGUUCGAAUAUAUAUCGUGCGUAGCUACCGGUAUACCAUGGAAUCACGCAGUAACCCAUCCACACUUACACAUACCUAUUAUCACCUCAAUAACCAAAUUCCUAAUUAAAAUACCUUCAGAAUGGCAAUCCCUAAACUCACAGAAGUAGACACCCUAACAAUCCACGCCAUCGUCAACGACGAAAUCGACCAAAUCUCCCCGUCUCCCCACCCUUCAAUAAAGCACCCCCAAUCAUUCAUGGGCGCACCCCUCCGCCCCCUAGCCGAGGGUACACAGCGUGGCGGCGCCAAGCUGCAAAUGCGCAUGGACACGCUAUGCUGUGGCGCCCACGGCCUCUCGUUAUUGGUCACGGCGACUAAAGACGGGAAGUCGCAUACCUUGCUUUUUGACGCUGGACCCGAGGAAGCUGUCUGGGAGAGAAAUGUGACGAGGUUGGGGUUGGAUCCGGGGAGGAUUGAGAGGGUUGUGCUAUCCCAUUGGCAUAGAGAUCAUUCGGGGGGCUUGCUGAGUGCUGUGAGGAUGAUUGAGGAUGCUAAGAAGAAGGGGGGAAAUGGGGAGGUUGGGAAGGUGGUGGUCGAUGUACAUCCUGAUCGUCCGGAGUUUCGCGGAGUUAUGACGUCCGAGCCGAUCUCGCUCGAGCCUGAUCCGAGCUUUGAGGAGAUUGAAAACGCGGGUGCGGAGUUGGUUAGGAGUGAUGAGGUGCAUACUGCGCUUGAUGAUAUGUUUUUGAUUUCUGGUGAGAUCCCGCGGCUUACGGAGUAUGAAGGUGGGAUCCGCGGCGGUAUUCGGUAUAAUACUGAGAAUGGGAAGUGGGAGACGGAUGAGUUGAUCAUGGAUGAGCGGUUGGUUAUGUGUAACCUUAAAGGAAAGGGACUUGUGGUGUUCACGGGGUGUAGCCACGCGGGUGUUGUUAAUGUGUCGCGACAUGCGAUCGAACUUGGCGGAGGAGCGCCACUAUACACAGUGGUGGGUGGGUACCAUUUAGCGGACGGUGGUCCAGAAAAGCUAGAGCUGUCAAUGCGAGAUUUGAAGGCGUUAGAGCCGAAGGUUCUUAUGCCGGGACAUUGUACUGGAUGGCGGUUCAAGGUUGCGAUUGAGAAGGAGAUGCCCGGAUGUAUGGCGCCAAUUUUUGGAGGCACGAAGUAUGAACUUGUUUGAGGACGAAAAGGGAAUCAAGGCGUUAAGGACUAAGUGUUGAAAAGAGGCAUCUCAACUCAUACAGAACUGUAUA